AUGGAUCGAACGAAAAUGGACACAAAAGCACAGCGACUACUCGAACGAGAAAUUAAAGCCAUGGAACGAAUGCAUCACCCGAAUAUUAUACGACUGUUCGAGUGUGUGGAAACAUUGACGAGGACACAUUUGGUGCUGGAAUAUGCGGGUGGUGGUGAACUCUAUGCGUACGUCCACGAACGAGGAAAGCUCACCGAGAACGAAGCAAAGCCGCUAUUUGCGCAAAUUGUUGCAGCUGUUGCACAUAUGCAUAAAAACAACCUUGUUCAUCGAGACAUCAAAGCUGAAAACAUCAUGUUUUCGGCACCUGGAGUUGUAAAGCUAGUUGACUUUGGUUUCUCCUGUAUGUUGCCAUCAGCAGCUGAACAAUUGAAGACGUUUUGUGGCAGCCCACCGUACGCAGCACCUGAAUUGUUCCGGUGA